CAUCUUCCUCCGCUGCUUCUACUUCCCUGUUUAUCCGACUGUGCUUUACAAAAUACCCCGACACACUGCAUCAUGACUGAACAAAUCCCCUAUGACGAGCUGAUCCUUCAGCUCGUCCACUACGUCUAUCACGUCGACAUCGACGAGGGCCUUGCUCUGCACCGUGCUCGCCAUGCCCUGAUUGACGCUCUGGGAUGUGCUGUGGAGACGCUCCAGACGAGCAAAGAGUGCCGUGCCUUUAUCGGCCCUGUUGUGGCUGGCUCAACCUCGCCCAAUGGCUUCCGUCUGCCCGGCACCAACUACCAGCUCGAUCCUAUCAAGGGCGCCUUUGAUCUGUCCUCCUUGAUUCGCUUCCUCGAUCACAAUGACGCCUAUCCUGGCGCCGAGUGGGGUCAUCCUUCUGACAAUCUCGGUGCCAUUCUGGCGGUGACGGAUUGGUUAAGUCGGACCCACGAGUCUGCAGGCGCCGAGUCGGCCACCGCCGCCCCCACUGUUCGCGACGUGAUCGUGGCCCUGACCAAGGCCUACGAGAUCGAAGGCAUCUACCAGAAGCUCAAUGCCUUCAACAAGGUGGGCCUGGACCACACGCUCCUCGUGAAGAUCGCCUCCACCGCCGUCACAGCCCACCUGCUCGGCCUGUCCGAGUCGCAGGCAGCCUCCGCCAUCUCCCACGCCUGGGCGGACGGCCACCCUCUGCGCAUCUUCCGCCAGAGUCCCAAUACCGGCCCGCGUAAGGGCUGGGCCGCGGGCGAUGCCACGAUGCGCGCCGUCCACCUGUGCCUGCUCGCCAAAGCCGACCAGCCCGGCAUCCCCACCGCGCUGACCGAGCCCAACUGGGGCUUCCUCAAGACCAGCUUCGCCAACCAGGAGCUGCGCCUGUCCCGGCCCUUCGGGACCUUUGUCAUGGAGGGGGUGUUUUUCAAGCUCAUCACGGCUGAAGGACAUGGCAUUUCCGCCGUGCAGGCCGCCACGGAGCUCGCGGCCACCUUGCAUGCCCAAGGCCUCGACCCCGCCAAGGACAUCAAGCACAUUCACGUUCGCACGCACGAGGCCGCCAUGAGGAUCAUCGAUAAGCGGGAGGCGCUGACCAACGCGGCCGACCGCGACCACUGCAUGCGCUACAUGAUCGCCGUGGUGCUCCUGAAGAACAAACUCAUCGAGGCGAGCGACUACGACAACGACAGCCCGUGGGUGACGGACGCGCGGGUCGAGGCGCUGCGCCAGAAGAUCGACAUGGUCGAGGACAAGCAGUUCACGGAGGACUAUCACGGCAAGCGCAAGAGCGCGUCGAGUGGGCUGACGAUCACGCUGGCGGAUGGGACCGUGCUGGAUGAGGUGGUGGUGGAGUUCCCGAUUGGGCAUCCCAUGCAUCGCGACACGCUGCCCAAGGUGCAGGCCAAGUUCCGGGCGAACAUGGCGGGCAUGUUUACGGAGGAGGAGAUCGAGAAGAUCCUUGAAGCGGUCAAGGAGGACUCGAUGCCGGUUCAUCACUUUGUGGAUCUGUUUGUGCGGGAGGAGUCUUAGUUUUAGUCUAUCUUAAUGUAUACUUUUACCAUAUUACACCAUCUAGACUGUACAUC